UAAAAGGGGACGAGCGCCUGCGUCAGUAUGAUUUCCUCUGUAUUGUUUCUGGCUUGGUGAGUUUAGUAAUCUCUUGUUGCUAGCAAUACCAUGUCGGGCCGCGGGAAGCAGGGCGGGAAGGUCAGAGCUAAGGCUAAGUCGCGUUCAUCACGAGCCGGGCUGCAGUUCCCUGUGGGCCGCGUACACCGGCUGCUACGGAAAGGUAACUACGCGGAGCGGGUGGGGGCCGGAGCACCCGUCUACAUGGCGGCCGUGCUGGAGUACCUGACGGCCGAGAUCCUGGAGCUGGCGGGCAACGCGGCCCGCGACAACAAGAAGACGCGCAUCAUCCCCCGCCACCUGCAGCUGGCCAUCCGCAACGACGAGGAGCUCAACAAACUGCUGGGCAAGGUCACCAUCGCGCAGGGCGGGGUGCUGCCCAACAUCCAGGCCGUGCUGCUGCCCAAGAAGACCGAGAGUCAUAAGGCUAAAAGCAAAUAAUCUCUGCUAGUGAACCUGGUUAGAGUUUUCAAAACAUAAUAUAACCCAAAGGCUCUUUUCAGAGCCACCCACUUUCUCAGAAAAGAGUUGAGUUGCUUCUUUAAAGUAGUAUCUUCAUGUUAAGUGUUUUGUCUGUGCUGUCUGUUUUUAAUGCAUUGAGUAAAAUUUCUGGCUUAUAUAUGACUUCAGUCUUUUUUUUUGUAACGUCCUGUUUUUGCUGUUUUUGACUUCUGGUGUUUGACUUGUAAUGAAAAAGUAGAAUAUCUGUUUAUUAAUGUUUCAUCUGCUCAACAUUAAUGGUUUUUGUUAUACUGUGUAGUAUGGCUUGAUGGUAUGAGAUAAUGGGCAUUAGCUAUGAGAUAAGUAACUGAAGUAAGAUAAAUUGAUGAAUGCCCCGAAGUUGAUGUGUAGGCCUUGAACUCAGUACUGUAAUGUUGUCCUGUAGCUGAACUUAUUUAGAAAGAGAUCGGGAAACUCUGUAGGGAGAAUAACUUAAUUUGGUCUGAAUCCUGGACUAAUCUGACUUGCCCAGUAGAUGCAUCAACUGUAGCAUUUUUCCUUUCAGAAAAACUGUGCAGCUCUGGCAGGUUUCUAUUUAAAACAGGAUUUUCAAACCUGCUGGUCUUUUAAUGGUCUCAUUGCGUAGCUACUCUCCUGUUAUGUCAGUUAAUUGUAGGCAGUAUGACAGGAAUUUGCAGACACAGGUAUCACCCAAAAGCACUGUGCUAAAGCACCUCUGAUUUGCUGAUGUGUGUUAUUUGAAAGGCUGUCUGACUCCUGCUGGGAUGUUCCCUGGAGUUCCAUGACUGCAACAAGGCCACAGCUCCCACGUGUACAGCACUUCCUCCAAGGAAGAGGGCUGCUUUGAAAGAAGAAAAUAGCACCUAUAGCACACCGCUGCUGUAACAGAGGAGCUCUCUAGGUAGGGCUCUUCUGUAAUUGAAGCGAGUGGCUGGGGAUUGUUGGUAUGGACGUAACGGAAGAGCUGGAUGGUGCAGCAGGCUGGCCCCAUCUGGUGACCUUACCUGUGCCUCGUGGUUCUGUUUGUAAGUGGAUAAAUGUAAAGUUGAUAAAUUUUUAAGAGUUUAUAUUAUUCAUCCUAAUUAGCUGCUGCUAAAUGUCUUCAGCUGCUUAUUUUUCCUCUUGAAGAGUUGCAAAGGCGGUAGUUUUCCCAAGCACAUCUUUUUUUAUACUGAGUCUCCAGGGCAGAUAUUGCAAUCCAUCGGAGAUGCACAGAUACCUGCAACAAAGCACUGGAAUGCUGGAGAAAGCCCAGGGCGCUGCAUCCAGCUGUGGGAAUGCAGCACAUCCUGCCUGUGGCAACCAGCUGGCACCACCAGGAAGGGCUCUGCUGCUCUGAGUGUGGGGGUAAGCCCAGCACAACUUGCAGAACUCUCAAUCUCAUCUUCAUAGUCUCAUUCCAAACACAGUAGAUUUCACUCAGUUGCUCACUUCUGCAACCGGAGCUUCACCUUCUGGGAUGCUUUUUUCUUGCUUCAUAGCAUUCCUUGUUUUCAUUCCUAGCUGCCAGCAGCUGUAAUGCUGUGAGUCUCACACUGCUACCACACUGGGGGUCAGACCUCCACAUCCUGUAGGUGAGGCAGUUCUGGGGUAGUUGGCUGAGCGACCCAAGUGCUGCCAAACCUCCAAUGAUUAAAGAGCAGCUGCUUUCAGAUGUAGUAAAGUUAAAAUAAUUAUUUUCUCUCAUUUGCAUAAAAAGUAAACUGUACUAAAGAGGAAAUCCUUACCCUGUGGUGCCCCUGUUAGCUGCAGCUCUGGGUGUCCUGGUGCACCUUCAAAUUCUCAAGAACUUGGGAUGUACAAAGACAACAAAAUUCUCCUCUGAGCCUUUUAAGUUAGAGUUGUGUUUCAAGGUAAUUUGGUACUAUCUCUGUACGUAUCAUGUCUUAGAAUGGCAAUGUUUAAAAACUAAAUAAAAGAUGUUUUAAAAAUCA